AUGUCUUCCCCCAGUAUCGAUUUGCGCCCAAAGUGCGUUGGUACGACUGGCGAUGUAUUCUCGGAGCCAAUACACAACGCCGGCAGGGUCGAAGGGAGAUCGAACCUAUUCCGCCACGCCACGUUCAGUGCAGACGGGACGACGAUAGUCACCCAAAAUGAAGACAAUUGCCUGAGAUCCUUCGUACUCCCCGUGGACCUUCUCGACGAGCGCGAUGAGCUGCAUCAACUGCAGCCGUAUUGCGACUAUCAGCCUGCCACGAACAUCCAAAGCUUCUCCCUCUAUCCCAAAUUCGACCUGGGAGACACAUCGACGACAUUGGUCCUCUCGGCGAGUGCCGAUGUUCCCAUCACACUGAGAAAUGCGUUGGACUACGAGACCGUCUACGCAGUCUACCCAUUCAUCAAUGACAGAACCGAAGAGUACCAAUCAGCAAGAAGCCUGACUUUCACUCCGUCAGGCUCUUGCUUCAUCGCCGGUAGCCACAAUGUUAUCUCGGCGUAUGAUGUCGCUCGCCCAGAUUCUGGCCCUAUCAGCCAAUACAUACUGAGUUCACGCCGAGGAGCCGUGAAAACGGAUGCGCUCCGCCUGAAAAGCAGAGCAUGGGUCUCCGCGAUGAGGCUGAGCAGUGAUGGUCUGCUUGCAAUCGGCACUACGGAACGAGAGAUCGCGCUAUUCGAGAACCAUGGCCUGGGCCGAUGUCUAUGUACCUUUCGAUUGGAGAGUCGUCAGGGUACUGGUGUGACUGGGCUUCAGUGGAGUCCAUGUGGGAGGUAUCUUCUGGUCGCAGAGCGUUCCAGCGACGCCAUCCAAGUGUUCGACAUUCGGGAUACCAAGCAAGAAGUUGGCAGAUUAGUCGGUCGAAAUGCAGCAACUCCCCAGGUCCUUGACAUAGACGUCGUGUCGACAGCUGAUGGCUUCGAGGCGUGGGCAGGUGGCAUUGAUGGACACGUGAAGGUAUGGUCAAAUCCUGGAUCGAAAGAUGCGCUUCAUUUGCCUGAUGCCAACUUGGAUAUGCAUCGAUCCCCAGUUUCAAGCGCGGUAUUCCAUCCUUCUGGCUCUGUCCUGGCUUCAUGCUCCGGCGAACGAGGGGCUUUCGAUAGUUCCGACAGUGACAGCGAUAGCGACAGCGACAGUAAUCCUAACCAAACCAAGCCUCUGGAAUCCGACAACACGCUGAGGAUUUGGUCAGUGUGA